AUGGGCUUUAAUGAAACGGCGGCGACCAACGGACGCGAACUGGCAACCUCAUUCGUCUCUCUUAACCCAAUCCUACGCAACCGAACAGAUCGGAAACACAGGAAGGCAGAUAGAAGCCAGCAGCAAGGAGACGAUGCGGACGGAGGAGGGUAUGCGUCGCCCAGGCCGGGCGAUCCGUUCUCUGGAAUUCACAAGCUUCCGCGGCUGUCCCCGCCCUCCGCUGCCGCCUCCUUCUCGCUGCUGCAUAUGACCGCAACUCCUCUCUACUCUUCCGUGUCCGGUGAUGGAUCGUUGAAGAAGAGGGUGGUGGAUGUGAUGCCGAACGCCACUGGACUCGAGCGCGAGGAGCUCGAGGGGAAGAAGCGUUUCGAUAUGGAUGCUCCGGCGGGUCCUUUUGGCACUAAGAAGACGAGCAUGAUGUAGUAUCGUUUUGGCUCGAGAAGGACAAGCCACAUGAAUGCCCUGUGUGCUCUCAGUACUUUUGUGCUGGAGGUGAUAGAUAGGUGGAGGAGGGGACCCGGAUGGCCAUGAUGAUGAUCACUAGGAGGUUGGAGCUGACUUCCUAAAAGAAUAAAAACGAUGAGAUUUAGUUUGAAGUACAUUUGUAGCUACAAUCAACUUUUAGGUGGCUGUUCUACUCGAUUUUCUUCAGAAAAAGAAUGCUAUGAUGUUGCCUGCCAUCGAGAUUUACAUGGCCCGGUGAUUGUUUAUUUUAACAUUUAGAAUAUCGAUGUUUUCAGCUCAUCAAUAAUAAUAGAUGGUCACGUUUUACUGUUU